AAAGCAGUCUGCGCGGGACCGGCGGGCGGGCGGCGGGGCGCCCGCGGCUCUGCCAACUCCACCUGGGCUUCCUCGGGCUACUUUUAUUUUUUUUUUUUUUUCAUUAUUUUUGGGGGUGGGCGGGGGGUGAGGAGAGGCAGCCGGGUGUGGUUUUCCUUUUUCGUCGUGGCCGGCCGAGGGGACUAAGCGGAGAUCAAUGAAGGAAAGAAGAGCGAGCCAGAAGUUAUCGAGCAAGGCGGUGAUGGAUCCCAACCAGAACGUCAAGUGCAAGAUCGUGGUGGUGGGAGACAGCCAGUGCGGCAAGACCGCGCUGCUCCACGUCUUCGCCAAGGACUGCUUCCCCGAGAGCUACGUGCCCACCGUCUUCGAGAACUACACGGCCAGCUUCGAGAUCGACACGCAGCGCAUCGAGCUCAGCCUCUGGGACACCUCCGGCUCUCCUUAUUAUGACAAUGUCCGUCCGCUUUCUUAUCCUGACUCUGAUGCCGUCUUGAUCUGCUUUGACAUUAGUCGGCCAGAAACUCUUGACAGUGUGCUAAAAAAGUGGAAAGGUGAAAUCCAGGAGUUUUGUCCAAACACCAAAAUGCUUCUGGUUGGUUGCAAGUCGGAUCUGCGCACGGAUGUAAGCACACUAGUAGAACUUUCCAAUCACAGGCAGACACCCGUGUCCUAUGACCAGGGUGCAAAUAUGGCCAAACAGAUUGGAGCAGCUACGUAUAUUGAAUGCUCAGCCUUACAGUCAGAAAACAGUGUCAGAGACAUUUUUCAUGUUGCCACCUUGGCGUGUGUGAAUAAAACAAAUAAAAAUGUUAAACGAAACAAAUCGCAGAGGGCAACAAAGCGAAUUUCACACAUGCCUGGCAGGCCAGAACUUUCUACAGUCGCUACAGACUUGCGAAAGGACAAAGCAAAGAGUUGCACGGUGAUGUGAAGGACCUCGGUUUCGUUGGGCAGGAGGAAGAGAGUGUUCGGGAGAGGUGGAGGCUCGAUGAAGUAUACAGCCACGUGGUAUUUAAUGGGUGCUUAUGCCAGUGCUUUAAAGGAGACUCUUCACCUAUUGUGUGAGACUGUACUUAGGAACUGAGCGUGUAGACCAAGCAGGGAGAAGAAAUAGCUCUAAAUGAGGUGGCAUCAGGAAAUGAUACAUGGAAGAAAAUGCCAAAAAAAAAAAAAGAACAUGUGAAUGUGCUGAGAGGGUGAAUGGAGAAAAAAACACUGAGAAGAAGAGAGAUGUCAUUGACAGUGCUUGUUUCUUUUAUUGAUGCUCUGCUCCUGGAUGCUACCACUUUGAUUUCUUUAAAAUAAUACUUUAAUGUUUUUUUAAAGAUGACAUUAUUAAUAUGCCCUCUUUAAGGAACUGUCCCUGUGACCUUGUAGUUGGUUUUCCAAAGGAUAUGAUCUAAUUUUUCAGUAGCUCGUCGUUGAGAUGGAGAGUAUACCAAGGCCUAUACGUCACCUAGAGGAAAACACUGUACGUGAGAAGUUUGGAGUUUUGCCUUCCUGAGAUGGCAACGCAAGCUAAAUUUUAUCACUUUGGUCAUGAAGAUGACUGUUUGAGGUUUCCCAGUAUUUUAGGUGCCCGGCUGCAGCAGAAUUAAAUGGAUCGCAUCGGGGCGUGGGGGCAAACUGCCUGCCUGUUACAGGACUCUGACUUUCCAUUCCUCUUUGUGAUUGUAAUUUAAAGUGGAAAUGAUCUCAAGUUCUGGUGUACUGUAUGGGUAUUUCACUGUAGGUUCAGCUAUAAAAUCAACUGAAAGGUGCUAAGAGCUAUGAUGACAAACGAUCCUUAGUUUAAAAAAAAAUAAUAGUUCGUUCAGCCUUACUGCCCAUCUGCGGAAGCCAUGGGACUCCUCUGCUCCUAGUUAGGAGUUCAAGAGCCCGGUGGUUCCCAAGAUCUAGCCCUCUGUAAAUGCUAUGGAGAAGUGCUACUCCGUGAUAUGGUUCUCUGCAACUAUGUUUGUAAAAACCCAAGAAUCUGCAAAUGAGCCAGCAGAGCCAGAUUAUCUUCUGUUAGACACUCGCAUACAGUUACUUGGGGCAGCCGUGUCUCACGGCAGACUUCAUUUGCUUGUGGUGAGUGCUGUGAGGAAAUGGAGUCUGAAGAACUGUGAUGCCUUAAGGGGUCCCCAGUGGAAACUGGAUACUAUGUUUAGUCUUUAGGACUAAUAUAUACAUAUCCAGACAGCAAUCAUUAACCAUUACAUCAGUGAACUGGUUAAGUUCUUUUUUUGCUUGCUGAUUACUAUCGUUACGUUAAAUAUAUCGGCCUUUAAAAUUGUUCGCAACUGUUUACUGACCGACUUAACUUCAUAGCUUCUCUCGAAAGGAAGAUACUGUAAGCUCUAACCAGUGUGGCUAUAGCUUGUUGAGAACAAGCAUUUUGUUUCCAAGGAUGAUGCUUCAUUUUUGAAGUGUUAAAGCUGUGUUCACUUCUGCAAAGGGUAAAGGAUUACCAUAAUUAAAACUCAACUGUGUGUGUUCCUGGCACUUUUUUUCAUCUGAUAAAAGAAGAAAAAAAUCCAUUCCAAUUAUUUCCCACACAAAAUGACAUUCUUACCACCAUAAUAAGCUUUUGACUGAUGCAACAGUGCGCUUAGGGCAGUAUUACAAAAUAGCUGGUAAGUGCUUUCUGUAUUUAAAUAUUGUGGAAAAAAAUAAGUUAUAACUGUUAUAAAACAGGACAUUCAUUACUUUUUUAAUUGGUGAAGUCACUUUGUAUGUUUGGUUAAUGUUUCUGCAGUAUUUAUUAAAUUACCAUUCUUUUCUUUGAAUUAAAAACAAGUAAUUGACUUGUAGCA